AUGGAUCGAAUUAUUAAGACACCAUGCUGGGUGCGCGGCAGUAAAAUCGAAGAGAUAGUCUGGAUCGGCAAAGACGUGCUUGCUUGGUGCGUCGGUUUGUACAUUGUAUUCUUUCACGUGGCAAAGAGACGGCAAACAGUACGUUGGUGUUGGAACCAAAUUACCGGCGACGGCGCCCAUCGUAUAUCCGGACACGUAUCCUCGUCGAUCUUCGCCUUCUCCGAGAGAUCGCUGAAUCCACGAAUCUUCGUUCUCGCUUAUCCGGCAAUGACGAAGAUCUGCGAGUGUGUUCAGGGUUGCGUCAGCAGUUACCUGGCGAUCGCGUUCACGGCACGUGAUCACCUUGUGUCGUUGGGUUCUUACCCGAACUUCCCGUUGAUCGUGUGGUGUUGGCGAACGGGUGAGAAGAUUAUUGUCAUAGACACGCCUGUGCGCGACGAAGUCGGUCAGACGAUCAAGGUAACUCCGGUUGGUCGCACCAUCAUCGCCCAAGUAGGCAAGACCUGCGGCAAACUACUCACCUGGGAGCUUGAUGUCGUCAGCAAGCUUGUCAUCUUGAAAGGCACGUUAGAUCAUGAAGUAAAGCUGCCUGGCGACGCUAUAAUUCACGGGGUUGAUUGGUGUCCCGUGCAGAAUGAUCCAUUGUUGGCCAUCACAGACAAAGACGGUCACAUAUACCUGAGCAGAUACGACGGUACCGGCAUUCGUCAAAUCGUCCUUUCGCAACGCUGUGGGAUUUGCCUGGAUAUCGAGAUGCCGGAAAUAUGCUGGUUCCGAGGUGGAAUCAUUCUCCGGACGACCUUCUGUCAGAUUCGUUACUUUCAGAAAAACCCGAAGACCGACUUCUGGCACAAGCAGUGGUACAUCAAGUCGAUCAGUAAGCCGUACAUCUUGGCCGCGCAUCCCUUCAAGAACGAUUGGCUCUUUUACUACACUCUCGAAGGCUACCUCGUGCAGAUGGUCUUCCCCGAGAACGAGAACACCGCGCCUAGCAUUCAGCGACACCUGCAAAACGGCAGUAGGUAUCGCUUCCUCGACUUUGUGCGUCCCUGGUGUCAUCAUCUCGCAGUGACGGACGAUCUCAAGGAAUUAACCAUUCUCGAGAGCUACAGUGGCAGCGAAGUCGCCAAAGUGGAGCUUGACAUGGAAGGCGUUAUAUCCGAUCAAGCCGCGCAUCCGGACGACCCGUUGAUCGCCGUCGUCAGCGAUCAGGGUGAAAUGGUGAUAUUGAGUGUCAUCGAUCCGGAAAAGCCGAUGAUACUUAUGCAUUUUCGUCUUCAAAGGAAGCCCCUCGAUCUCGUUAGAUUCUCGUAUUCCGGCAAAUUCCUGAUCGCCGCGCAGAAGGAGAGGGGUAAUUGCUAUUGCGUAAACCUGCGGCGCGACAAGCCGUGGAGUGUGACGGCCCAGCUACGCUUGAACAGACGUAUCACCGACGUAGUGUUGCACGACGAUAACGACGACGACAAAAACCUGAAGAUUCUUGCUCUCUGCGUCACGUACCGACAAUUCACGGCAGGUCACCAGCUUCGCGUGUACGACGUGCCGCGACGCGACACGUGUUACUUGAUCGACACGAUCAGCAGCGCGAUCAUCUCGCUGCCCGGGCUCUAUCGCGAGCUGCGUUACGCGCCCGGCGACAAUCCCCGGAUGAUGUUAGUCGGCUCGCCCUACCUCAGCCGACAGCUGCACAUGGUGAAGUUGCGCGAAUUCAAGAACGCGACCUUGGUGGACACGGCGCUCACGGGCCACCACGUGCGGCUCGCACGCGUCUUCAGCGACCGACAUUGGUUCAUCACGUGCGCCUACGACGGAUUGGUGGUCGUCCGCGGUAAGAUACGCGAGAUCGUCGCCGUGGUGUCGACGCAUCACAGACUCGACUCGGGCAAUCGGAAGGCCAUCGUCACCCCCGAGGCUGACAGGCUGGUCGUUCUCGGUCAUGACGGCUCUCUGAUCGCGAUAUGCAUUCAUCGUGCAGGCAAGAAGAGAGAAGCAUUGUCGGCCGUAACCGGCACCGAGAAUUCCACGUAUCCGGUGGAUCACGGAUGGCGCGAGAAGUGGAUGCAGAAGAUAUUGGAAGACUAUGCUGGCCUGGACCCGGCGAUUCGUGCCUCUUUGACUCGAGCCCGACAAGAGUUCCCGGUGAACGGCAGUAACGAGACUUGGGAGGAAUGGCGAGAAGGCGCGCAGAUGCGCGAAGAAGCGACGCUCUAUGUUGCAGAAAGAGCCACGAUCAUGAAGGAUCUGAAGGCGUUGAAGGAGUCUGUGCGGCAGCUUCUCGACGCGAACGAGACGCGUCCGGAAAUAGAGAGACUACCGGUGUCCGCGUUCGACGUGGACAGAACGGGUCGCGAUCAACAAUCCAAGGCGGCCAGGGACGAGCGUGAAGACGUCCACAUGGAGCUGGAGCACGUGCAGGCCUCGACCGAUCGCGUGGCCAGCUGGAUCAAAAAGACCUUUUGGGAUUCGCAGAUCGUGCUGGGUCGCUCGAUAUUUUCUUUUUGCAGUGAUACGGAGGUGACGAAUUACUCAUUGUUCGCGGAGGAUCCGUACUUCAAGGAACACCUGCAGUGGGCGCAAUUCACCAGGGAGUCGGUGCGCAACAUCGUCGACGGCGACGCCUUCCAACCGUGGCGUGUGUACAUGGAUGACCAGCUCCAGGCGGAACUCAGCAAACCUGUGAGGGUGCGACGCGAACACGAGGAAUAUAAGAUGGACGUACUCUUCGAAGAAGAGGAGCGCAAGAUCGACCACGUUGAGGAGCUGACGGAACAGCCGGCUUUCGACGGUAUGACGACGCGUCGAUUCGUCGAACAAUCGCCUCAUUAUUACGCACAGAUCGAGUCUUAUGGGUUCGUGCAGGCGACACUGGAAGAUCGUUAUCUGAUGGACGACUGCAACAAACUCCGUAUUUACUUCAACAAGCUCUUUGAUAAUAUGUACGCGGCGAAGGAACAGGAAAUGAACGUGAUCAAAGAGAGAAAUGAAAGGAUACGGUAUAUAGAUUCCGAGAUGAGGACGAUGUUCGGUCAGAGUUUGCCGCACGUUCCCAAGGAUCCGCAGUGGCAUCCCAAGGAGAAAGUAGAGAGUGUUAUUCAAGUGCACGAACACGAAGUCAAGGCGAAGCCGUACGUGUCGCCGGCGUUGCAGUCCAUUCUGAGAAAGCAUGCAGAGGCCGUACGAGUCAAGCAGUUGCUACUGGCCGACGAUUUUCGCGAACGCGCCCUGAUGAAGAUGAUGGACGGCGUGCUGGAAAUCCGAUGGGAGGAUGCCAUCAAGGUAGACGUGCGUGAGCCCGCUUGUAUGUUGGAGAAACAGCCGGAACAGUACACACCGGCCGAUAUCGCGGCUGUGAAAAAGUACAAAACAGACGUAGAGGUUCUGCGACAAGAGCGCGAGCGUUACAAGAGAAUACUCGAGGCUGAUUACGCGAAGAUCAUUGCACAAUUGCGCGAUGGCAUCGACAAGUUUGAUACCAAGCUGAAGGAGCUUUUUCAGAAAAAACUACAAGUCGACACGGCGAUAAAUCAAUUGAAGUUGCGUCACCUGCGCGGCCGUGCGCGCAACCUGGCACGGGUCGAGGCGCUGAAAGACGACGAGCGUGUGAAACGUGAAAUAAUCGAGACGCGUCGGCACAGCGUCGUGUUGGAGAAGGAUAUGCGAAAGCUCCACGACGCGUACCAGGACAUACAAACACAGCACGACGCUCUGUGCGCUCGUGAGAAGACGAUAGCACGAAGAUUGCCGCAGGAAUUCCCUUCGUUACCCAAAAUCCACGUCGAAAUGCUCGAGAGUCAAUACAAGCGACGACCGAAGGUGUCCCUGAAGAACGCCACCGCCCACGAUCUGAUUAAUCUUGGACGAUACCUCACGAGUCACGUCAGGCCGGUCUACUUACCGGCCGCAUGCGCGGACUAUGCGAGAAUACUCGAGAGUCUGGACGCGCGACCCGUCACGCUGCCGAAAUCGGUCCACACGAGCCACUGGGACCACCUGGUCCAGGCUCGUCGCCAAAAGAUUGAGCUGGAGCUGCGGAUCCAAGCGCGGCAGUUGGAGGUGAUCACGGCGGAGCAGAUGAUCGCGGAUUUCAAUGGCAAGAUCGACGUCAACAAGUCGCGCGUGGACUAUCUCGGUGGCGAGCUGAGACGGAUGAGGGAUGAGCGAGUGACGCACGAGCAGGACGUCGAGUUGCAGCUGGUGUUGAAGAAAGGUCAGGUGGAAUUGGAUCUGCGUGGCGAACGACGCGACACGGUGGACGCCGUCAUGGUGUCGCGCCUCGAGAUCGAGAAGGUCAACGAGCACAUCCUCGCGGCGGGCUCGCGCAAACUGAACGCCUUGAAGCGCGAAAUCGACCUUCACUAUGGUAUAUUAUCGCUCGAAUGGCAGCACCGUUGUCUGAGGACGCGCUUCCGGGAGUUGGAGGAGGACCUGCACUUCCUCAGGGACGUCACGGUCACCAAGGACAUGCAAACGUAUCUGAAGAGGGUGGCGAGAAAGUGGCGCGACGAUAAAACGACAGUGCGUCUCCAGCGGCAGAUCGAGGCCGCGACGAACUCGCUGGAGAAGACCUUCGCCGAGGAGACGGACAAGCUGGAGAAGAUUCGGGAUAAGAUCGCGUCCAUAAGGAAAAAGAACGCCACGCUCGAUCGUAGUAUCACGGAGAUGAACGUAGCACGCUGGAGGAUGGAACAUGAACGAGACCUCGCGAUGGAGGCGAGACAACGCGAACACAUGGACUGGAAGAUGCGACUAUACAAGCGGCGAUCCGAGCUGGUUAGGAAGAUUCAGGAUAAUUACACCGAGCUGUUGGCGUUGCAGUCCGAACACGAGUUGUUGUGCCUGCGAAGGUAUCCUACGUUGGAGUUCUUUGAGACAUUGGAUGAUAAGGGCAAAGUAUAA